UACAAUAUAAGCUGUCACACGACCAAAUUGAGAACAAGUCUUUAUAUAUUUGUUUGUGUUUUUUAUUGUUUUCAUUCUCUACUAUUAAUAUCCAAAUUUGUUGUUAAGGAUUUUACACAUUUUGGGAUAUGUUUAUGUUUGAAAGUUAACAAAGAAGAAGAUGAAAUGGUCGCCAUGGGCAGCUGGGGUUGUAAAGAGGUUGCAUGUGAAGGUGAACCAGUUCAAGCUUGAAGGGUUUUGUGAACAAAAGGUAGAAGAUGAUGGUGGUGAUGGUGAUGAAGAUGAUGAUAAGAUUGUGGUCAUUGCGAUGAAAUGGAAAGGACCUAAAGCUGGGCUUGGACUUGUUCCAUUUCCAUUUUAUAGAACAUCAACGCGUCAAAGAGAUUACACCAACCAAAGAUGCUCAUCGAACAAAGGCCAACCCAUUGAAUGGGACGAUGAGUUUGAGAGUGUGUGCAGUUUUUCGAUCUCCAAAGAUGGUUCUUUUGGUCCUUGGGAUGUUACUUUCAACGUCUUAUAUGGAGAGAAAACAGAAUCAAGGAGCAAAUUGUCGGUUCUGGGCAAGGUAUCAUUGAAUUUAGGAGAAUUGGCUUCGAAUAUGAAGUCUCAUCAAAUGGAAAGAGAGCUUCCCGUGACUUUACGUGACGGUCGUUUGUCCACGGAUGCUACCCUUUUGGUAUCUAUGAGCUUUGUGGAGGUGAGAGAUUCUCAUGAGUCGCCAAGAAUCACUGUAAACUUCGUGGAGUCAGACACAGUAAAUGUGUCGGUCACAAAGUUGAAGGGUGGUUUAAACACGAGGUUGGAGUCGGAGAAGGAGAACAACAAGAACCAGAAGGCUUUUAGUGGCAAUUACUUGGAUAUGCCAGCCGUGACUGACUCAGAUGGAUCGAGUGAGUCUAUUUACACAAGUGACAAUAGCAAUGUAGACUUAACUUUGGUAGCUGACUUGGAAUCCUUCUCGAGAUCAAAGACUCUGUCUCGCUCCUUUCGAAAAACUGGGUUUUUCUCUUGGAAGAGAAGGCGAUUGAGUUUUAAAUCCUUCGGUUCACUACGGAAAGCAGAUGCUGCUGGAUCCUCUUCAGAAAUAGACUUGCAAGAUGACAAUUGCACAACCAGUGACUGGGAAGUGAAGGAGCUAGUCAGCAGAGAUGGGCAGGCAAAGCUCAAAACCAAUGUAUUCUUGGCAUCCUUCGACCAAAGGAGCGAAAAAGCUUCAGGAGAGAGUGCCUGCACGACACUAGUAACAGUCAUUGCCCACUGGCUCCACUCCAACCAAGAUAUGCCAACGAGACCCAAAUUCGACAGCCUCAUCAUAGAAGGUUCCUCAGAGUGGCAAAAGCUUUGCAACAACACCGCCUACAUACAAUCCUUCCCGGACAAACAUUUUGAUCUUCAUACGGUCUUAGAAGCUAAAUUCAGGCCUCUGGCAGUCUUGCAUGAGAAGUCUUUUAUUGGGUUCUUUUGCCCCGAGAAGUUUGAGUGCUUGAAGGAAGCCAUGUCAUUCGAAGACAUAUGGAAUAAGAUCAGUAGCAACACUGAAGUUUAUGAACCAAGAAUAUACAUUGUGAGUUGGAACGAUCAUUUCUUUGUGCUCAAGGUAGAAGCCAAUGCUUAUUACAUCAUUGACACGUUAGGUGAGCGCCUUUUUGAGGGAUGCAACCAGGCCUUCAUAUUAAAGUUUGAUGAUUCAAGUGUGUUGCGUGAAAAGGAAGAGAAAGAAAAGGUUGGCUCCAAGGAAAAAGAUGGGGCAAGGAGUACUGACCAUAAGGAGGAAACUGAAAAGGUUAUAUGCAGUGGGAAAGAGUGUUGUAAAGAGUUUAUUAGGAGAUUUUUAGCUGCUAUACCACUUCGGGAACUUGAGGAGGAAGAAAAAAAGGCCACAAUUUCUAACUACUCUCUCCAUCAGAGAUUGCAGAUUGAGUUCGACCUUUGCUGCUCUUCUUCUUCUUCUUCUUCUUCUUCCACUUCCAUUUCAUCUCUAAUUUCAAACCAAUAGUUCAUGUAGAACAAGUAGCUGAAUGGCACGGUUGGAAUCCAAUUUUUUUAAUAUUCUUUUUUUUUUUUCAAUAAGAAAUACUAACAUUAAUUUUCAGGCA